AUGAACUGGCAGCAGAAUGUGGCGCUGCAGCACCCCGUUGGGGCCACGGAGCGGCGUGAAGAGAGGCUGUACGCGGCUCCGAACGACAGCUCGGGGGAUAGCAACAUCCUCCGGUACAUCAAGACGCUGACGAGCCACCAGACGAAUGCGAAGCAGCAGCGAAUGGAUAGGUAUCUCCGGCAAGUCAAGCGCCCUCAACCAGCUGAACAGAGUUCCACAACAGGCCAGAAGACACUGCCAGCACCUGGAUACAAGCCUCAGGCCGCCGCAAAGCCCCUGGUGUCAACAGCAGCUCCAACACCCCGCCUACAGGAGAAGAACGGGCCCCGAGAGAGCGCCAAGCCGCCAAAACGCGAGCCAAAAGCUCGAAAUGGUCGCAACAGUCAGGGGAAAGCUGCUGGUGGCAGGGGCAAAGGCCGCUCUCGAGCGAAGCGCCAAAGUGACGGAGCUCCGAGUGGUCGGCAGCGGAAGAAGGUGAAGAAAAAGCCAAUCUGCCAGCAGAGCACUGCGGUAGGAUCGUUGGAUCGAUUCCGACUCAAUGGCACGUGGUCUCAAGACAAAACACGGGCAGCAGUGACUGCUAAACUCGGUGAAAUCGCGGGGCCACGACUUGAUACAGUCCAGAGUGACGAAAGCAAGCAGGCUCCCCGAAUUCAAGCCUCGACGUGUAAUGCGGACACGUCAGGAAGUAUGAAAUCCCGGUUCUGGCCCAGUGCUGCCACUUCUGGCCAUGCCAGCCAGGUUAGAAACCCAGGUCUCUGCAGUCAACCGAUCGAAGCUAACGAUAGUGACGUGUUUUGUGUUCGGAGCAGGCUUCUCUCGGUUCAUUCGGAUCCACAAAGCGUGAAGAUCUACCACACUCGGGUCCACUGA